AUGCUCGUAUCCGAAUUACCUUUUGAACUUCUUUUGCAAAUUUCUUCUCAAUUAUUGCCCAAAGACAAGCUCAAUUGUGUCCUCGUUUGUAAAGGAUGGGAGGUCCCAUUUCAAGACUCACUCUGGAAAGAUAUGGAGGUCAGAAGUUCCGAAUCACUCAAAAGGGUCUGCAAAGUUGCGAAGCGUUCAGCAAGCGGACUGUCUUAUGGUCUAGCAGUUCAAAACCUACGUCUUAAUGGAGAAUAUUCCCUAUACGAUGUGUUCAAAAACAAUCUUUUCAAAAUCUUCUUGAACUUGAGGCAUCUCGAUAUUGCGGCUCUAGGUUUAAACGACAAGACACUUCGAAUGUUAAAUGAGCAUGGCCUAUGGAAGUCUCUGGUUAGCCUGAAGGUCACGCUCGAUGCUUCUUCCUCGGAAGAAUUGGCACAGUUUUUGUUAAGGCUCUUAAGAAACACUCCCAGCCUGGAAGAACUCGACAUCUCUCCGUAUUCUGAGUCGCGGCACUUGUCUCUUACUUUGGACGAUUUCAGAAUUCUCCACACCCAUCUACCCCAUCUAAAAUCUAUUGCAAGUAAACUAAGCUUCAAAACAAUUUCGCAAGAUGAAGUAGUGAGCGUCCCAAGCACUACGCCAGCACCCUUAGUCAAAUCACUCGAGCUCAACUCCGUAGAUUGGGAAAACCUGUGGUCAUACCAUACCUGGAUGUACUAUUUCAGCUACAAGUACCCAAACCUACAAUAUUUGACGUGGAAGAUUGGACAUGAAAUUUCCACACCGCUUGCGCAAGAUUAUCAAGAAAUGAAUGAAGAAUUUCUUCAGUUGACUCCCAAGGUGUUCUCACAUCUGGAAACAGUUGAUUUUUCCGCUAUGUACACGUCUGCAUUAUCUCACGCUGUUUUCUGGGAUAUCGUUUGCCUUUCGAGAGCUCCUAUUAAGAAUAUAAAGUACAAGAUCGUGAACAGAAUUUGGGAACCAAUGGGCCUAGUAGAGAAAAUCCGACAAAGUGCCCAAAGCUGCAAAGAAACUCUCGGGACACUCUUUUUCGACGGGCACAUAGAUUUUGAGGUUAGACAAGUUGCAAGUCUAGAAUUGCCUUACUGUCCGCGGCUGGUAGAACUUGAAAUGAACAACUGCUCCGUAUCCAUCAUCUUGGACAAUCUGUUGAACAGCUGCCCAAUGCUAAGAAAAUUGAGCAUUUCGGGAGGAGAGCUUGGUGUCAGUACAGACGCAAACGCACAGAUUAGCCGCCAUGGAUUACGGCUUUUGAAGAUAAACGAAAUGGUUAUAAGCAUCACUGCAUUUAACUACGUCUCCUUACGGUGCAGGCAAUUGGAGUACCUGUACUUGACACAAUCACAAGUUUCCGGACCAUUCUACUCGCUGGCCAGAUACACGGAUUCCCGUACUGCCAUCAACUUGGUCCUUCUGUCCCACUUAAUUGGCCCUUGGCAACGAAGUCUAAGCAUACAAGAUAUCAAUAAGAGAUUUAUUGUAUAUCCCAUAGGCUGGUUUCGCUUAUUCUAUGGACUGGACGAUAUGUUUGACUGUACAAAAACUAGCAGACGGCUCUCAGAACAAGAAGCUGACUUUGUCGAAAACUAUUACCGUGGUUUCUUUAUCAACCGGCUAAUCCCUGAAGGUGAAGAUAGUCUUGUAUAUUCUGUAUUACAGUAUUUCGAGGAUGAUUGGGCAAAAGACCUUUAUAAAGGACAUAUAGAAUUAAGAUUUGACUACGUUGCUGAAUAUUUUGUUCCUUUGUAUUAG